AUGUUUAAAAGAGAUCCAUUUGAAGGUAAAGUCAAGCCUUAUCAACCAAAGUUAUCAGAACUACAUAGAUCUUGUUACAUACUACUACACACCAUAAAUAAUAAUUCACUCUCCACAUUCAAGAUAUCAAUAGAUCAAUCAUCAAAUUAUAUAAUAAAUCUAUUUUAUAUUUAUGCCUUAUUAAAUUUAUCUCAAUUUUUCAAUCAUGCUACAUUACUUGAUAAAAUACCUCAAAAUCAGCAUUAUUAUGUGCCCAGUUUUAUAAGAGAUACUUUUAGAGACAUGUGUCGACCGAUACCUGAUGGUUCAGAAAUAUGGAUUCCUCAAAUUAGUAUAGAAAAUAUUGAAAUUGAUCAGGAUAUAAAUAAUCAAUUGAUGUUAUUUUUCCAUGAGUUUAACAUUCCUGUGGUUCCAAUUGAAAAAGAGACCAUUCAAAUCAUGCCGUUCCAAGCAUGGAAUACCUUAUCUUGUAAUCUCAGAAGAUAA